GUGAAAGCGGCGAAGGCGAAAGAAGCUAAAAACAGCAAGGAAGGGAAUGUCGGGGAGAGGGAAGAGAAAAGAUGAGGACGAUCACGCUUCCGACGGGGACUCUGAGGGCCACCCGCCACCCAAGAAGGCCUCCAAGAGAGACUCUUCCGACGACUCCUCUGACGACAUCACCGUCUGCGAGAUAUCCAAGAAUAGAAGGGUAAGCGUGAGGAACUGGAAUGGCAAGGUUGGGGUCGACAUUCGCGAGUUCUAUGUCAAGGAUGGCAAGCAAAUGCCUGGAAAAAAAGGAAUCUCACUGACGAUGGAUCAGUGGAAUGUGCUACGGAAUCACGUUGAAGAAAUUGACAAGGCUGUUAACGAGGCUUGAUAGCUUAAAGCUUUGGCUUUGGUUUGUAUGACUAGAUUAUGUUGUAGCUUGAUUCGACCGGCUGAAAUUUUGUUUUGGGUGUCGGAAAGUGAAAUCAGGUGCCGGUGUUUUGUAUUUACCUACAAGUGAUAACUGGAAAUUUGGAACAGUGCAUGUAAUGUAAUGACUUUAAUUAUCAACUAUGUCAAGGAAAGGAAUGGUUUGGGGGCUUAUGAUCGAUC